AAUAAUACAGGACUUCCUUCUUCUUGUAGAGAAAUCAGCAAUCAGCAAACCCAGUGAUAACUUAGCGGAAUGGGCUUAGCGAGAACUCGUUGGAAGUGAUGGCUACGUACUCUAGACAAGAAUCUCACGCAAGUAGCAGGGGCUUUGAUGAGAAGCAAAGGGAUACUUCACAGGGUUGAAAGUCGUCGUCGCCCGAGGAUUGAUCUAAAGUCAUCCUCAGACCCCCCUGCCUUCACUCCAUCAUUGUCUUUCUCUUCAUCUUCGCCAUUUGUGUAGAAAUCGUCAUCGCCCUGAAUCUCGUUUGGCUGAAAAUCGUCGUCGUCUCACGGUAGAAACACCCGGAAUAUUCGAAAGGCUAUAAAUAAAACACUAUGCCUGUUUGGAUUCCGGAUUCCGAAGAAAGUCACCGGUGCUACUGCUCAGUCGUGACGACUCUAUUAGUGGUUUGGUGUUUGCAUUACGCUCAUGGUGGGUAUCUCGCGUGGAGAAGAGAUUUCUGGUGUCGGCAAACGAAAGAGGUCGUGUCAAACAAGCAACUACCACCUGCCACCAUGUGGGAAAAGAAUCGCAAGGCAAUCUUGGAUGCCGCCGCAAUCCACAAAAGAACCUUUGCUUUCUGCAGAUCAUUGCUCUUGUUCAAAAAAACCAGUGCCCCGCGUUUGAAGAGAAGACUCAGCUACAGCCCUGCUGGAAAUAUCGAAGAACAAGCAUCGAUGCUCGAUAUGGACCACGUUUACAUGACUUUCUUUGACGUAAGUGCAUUAUUAGAGUAUAAUACACAGCGUGUUCUUUGCAAAUGCGUAUUUCUGACUUUAUUUUCUUUUCUUGAAUACUGUCUACGAUUACAACAAGUUUUUUUGGUGCUGGAUGUUCAUUCGACCAUGCACAAUUCUUUUAGCGAUGACAGGUACAAUCACUUUCUUCGUACGUGAUUUUAUCGAUAAGAUCAUGAGACGAGGAUCAAAGGAGCGAUUAGAUCUGGCGAAGGUGGUAGCUAGUCUUGUUCUCGAAUCAGGCCUGGCGAUACACUAUUCUUGUACGACCGAUGAAUACGAGGCAGCUUUUUUUUACGAAGACUUCCCUUUCGUGGACCAAAACGGAGACCCUCAUUGUGCAGAUCUGUUUGCGGUCUACAUCGACCUGAAAACAAAAACUAUGACCAAGGCAAGCAUCGAUGGCCAGAGUCUCUCUCCAUCGCAGGCAAUGACACUGUGCGUUUGGAUUCUAGUAGGUCCACUGCAUGUCAAACUUCACUCUUAUGCCAAUUGGGCCGUGAACACCAAUUCUCUCGUGAAAGACAAACAUUCUUUCUAUCAUAGGAACAGCAUCACGACUGUUUUCUAUAACUACAUGGGCUUUGCUGGUUUUUGUAGCCUUGUCCCUUUCUUCGCAAAAUUUGGGUUUGUCCAUAAAAAUUGGGACAAGCACGCUAAUGGAGGCGCAUUGAUGUACUGCUUUCGCAAAGGCAUCGAAAGUGGUGUUUGUCAGCACCCUCACAUCAAUGAGUUGGUACCGCAUUCUCGAUCGGUUGCCUUUGUGGUGAGAGCACGCGGGAUUUUUUUCUCGGAAUUCGAGAAGCACAAGGACCUCUUGCCCGGGGCCGACUGCGAGGCUCUGUUCAUUGGCACCGUCCUCCAUUCGCUCGACCACUCCAAUCUCACCGAGAUCGUGGAUCCGAUCUGGCUGGACAGAGAAGACCCGAGGUACGGCGUGAUGGCAUCACUCGCUGCAAUUGUCCGGUCUGGAUUUACAUCAGAUCUUCCCUGGAUUUCGUUUCACAAAAAAUUCAAGGGAUCGGGGCAUCCGUUCUACGAGGCCGUGUACCAGAAGUGCUCAAAGAUAGACAAAGCCCAUGCCGACAACAUGGACUCGUGCAUCAUCAAGUAGUGGAGUGACGCUUAGUACCUUCACAACGUGCAAUCUUUAUUGUGCGAAAUUGCAAUUGUAAUUUCGAUUUACUAGUAGUGUUACAAUUAGUAGCAUCUUGUACCGUAUUAGCAAUACGAUGAUUCACCCCGAACAAAAUAGUAACAGAGAC